GGUCUUUUAAGUCGCUUUUAAAACAAUUUCUUUUAUAAUAUGGGUUCUAAAGCUCUAGCUUUCACCGUUCAGGCAGAAUGUACAGUUACAAAGGCUCGAGCAGGACUAAUGGAGCUACCCCAUUAUAAAGUGAGAACUCCUGUCUUUAUGCCGGUUGGAACACAGGGAACAAUGAAAGGUAUAUUGCCCGAACAAUUGGAAAGUUUGGAUUGUGAAAUAAUAUUAGGAAAUACUUACCACUUGGGCAACCGCCCAGGCACAGAUGUGCUGAGCAAGGCUGGAGGCCUUCACAAGUUCAUGGGCUGGAACAGAGCUCUGCUCACUGACUCUGGUGGAUUUCAAAUGGUAUCUCUUCUAAAAUUGGCUGAAAUUACCGAAGAAGGUGUCAAGUUCAGAUCACCUUAUGAUGACUCUGAAAUCAUGUUGACCCCUGAGAAGUCUAUUGAGAUACAAAAUUGCAUAGGUGCAGAUAUUAUAAUGCAGUUGGAUGAUGUUGUCCAAACCACAUUCAAUGACUAUGAUAGAAUCAAGGAGGCUACUGAAAGAACUAGCCGCUGGCUAGACCGGUGUCUAAAAGCCCAUAAGAGGCCCACUGAACAAAACAUCUUUCCCAUAGUUCAGGGCUUGUUAAAUGCAGAAUUGAGAGAAAAAAGUGCAAGAGAACAUAUGACUAAGGAUGUCAAUGGAUUUGCUAUUGGUGGACUUAGUGGAGGUGAAUCAAAAGAUGAUUUUUGGCCCAUGGUUACCUUGAGUACCGACAUUCUGGACAAAAAUAGACCUCGCUAUUUAAUGGGAGUGGGAGUAGCCAUUGACCUGGUGGUUUGUGUGGCCCUGGGUGUAGACAUGUUUGAUUGUGUGUUCCCAACAAGAACAGCAAGAUUUGGCUGUGCACUUGUCAAUAGAGGACAACUCAAUCUUAAACAAAAACAGUAUGAAACCGACUUGAACCCAAUAGACAAGGAUUGUACAUGUUCAACAUGCAAAAACUACACUAGAGCUUAUCUGCACUGCAUUGUCACUGUGGAGACAGUUGCUUGCCAUUUACUGUCAGUGCAUAACAUUGCUUAUCAGAUGCGUCUUAUGAGAACCAUGCGAGAUUGCAUACAAAAAGGGACAUUCCCAGAAUUUGUAAGGAAGUUUGUUAAAGAAGCAUUCCCAGAUGAAAACUACCCUACAUGGGUGAUUAAUUCCCUUAAUUCUGUUGGAAUCAACAUAGAAAUCGAUAAAAAUAAAAGUUAAUUAUAAAAUUAAAAAUUCAA